ACAAACUGACCAUAGUCCAAUUCAACAAUAUCAACAUUGGUGGUGCACUCUGGAAUCUGAGUUGGCUUUUUUUCUAAACAUGUGAUAAAACGGCAAAGUGUAUUUAAUGUAUAUGUUAAAUGGAGGAAUAUCUGUAGUGCUGAAUCACGAUGAAUCUGCUGUGCUUUACUGUUGUUCUCCUCUCCUCACCCCUGCUGAUAAUAUGUGACCCACUAUAUGUUCUGUUGGCCCCUAAUUUGCUGAGGGUGGGUUCCUCAGAGAACGUGUUUGUGGAGGCUCAGGACUACUCUGGAAGUGACCUGAACGUGAAGAUUUCAGUGAUGAACCACCCGCGAAAAAACAUAAGGUUACUGUCCAAAUCAGUGACCCUGACUGCAGCCAACCAUUACCAGAGCCUUACAGAUAUAAAGAUUCCCAGUGAUAGGGACUAUUUCAGUGAUGAUCCUCUGGAGAAGCAGUACGUGUAUCUACAAGCUGAAUUUCCUUCCAAAGUUCUGGAGAAAGUGGUCAUGGUGUCUUUCCAGUCUGGAUAUAUAUUCAUACAAACCGACAAGCCCAUCUACACCCCAACUAGCACAGUUCAGUACAGGAUCUUCUCUCUGACUCCUGGUCUCCAACCACAUGAACAUGAUGGAAUUUCAGUGGAUAUUGUGAAUCCUCAAGGCAUCACAGCAAUGGCAGAAAUCGUAUUUCCAGUGCAAGGGAUUCGGUCAGGAAAAUACGCGAUACCUGAGAUUGCUAGCCCUGGGAUCUGGAGGGUGAUUACAAGAUUCAAGAACACCCCACAAAAGAACUUCACAGCUGACUUUGAAGUCAAAGAAUAUGUGCUUCCAACUUUUGAAGUCACAUUAUCACCCAGCCAAUCAUUCUUCAGUGUGAAUGACGCUAGUCUGACAGUUGAUAUUCAUGCCAGGUACCUGCAUGGAAACAAAGUGAAAGGACAUGCGUUUGUGGUGUUUGGGGUGAUGGAGAUUGAGAGGAAGACAAGUAUUCCCUCCUCUUUGCAAAGAGUUUCGAUAUCAGAUGGAGAGGGUGAGGCCAAGCUGACUAAGGAGAUGAUACUUCAAACCUUCCCACACAUCAACCAACUGCUUGGACAGUCAAUCUACAUUUCAGUCAGUGUUUUAACAGAUACUGGCAGUGAAAUGGUAGAAGCACACAGGAGAGGCAUCCAGAUUGUGACAUCACCGUACACCAUCCACUUCAAAAGAACGCCACAAUUCUUCAAACCUGGAAUGCCUUUUGAUGUCUCGGUUUAUGUAACUGAUCCGGACCAAAUGCCAGCUAAAAAUGUGCUACUGGAAGUUAAUCCUGGAGGUGUCAGGGGUGGAACGAAGGCCAAUGGCAUUGCAAAGCUCACAGUCAAUUCUCAAGAGGGAUCUUCCACUCUGGAGAUCAGCGCACAAACCAAAGAUCCCAAAUUAAGUGAUGACCAGCAGGCGGUGCAGAAAAUGACAGCUCAUACCUACAUACCAAAAAGUAACUCCAAGAACUUCCUUCACAUCGGCAUUGAUGCUGAAGAGCUUCAGAUUGGUGAUCAAAUGAAAGUCAACCUGAACCUGGGAAAAAGUCCAGGAGUCCAAGACCAAGAUUUCACCUUCAUGAUCUUAAGUAAAGGGCAGAUUGUGCAAGCCAGCAGGUUUCAGAGAAGAGGACAAUCUCUAGUGACUUUGUCUCUACCUGUGACCAAAGACAUGCUUCCCUCUUUCCGCUUUGUGGCUUUUUACCAUGUGGGCUCAUCCGAGGUGGUGUCCGACUCGGUCUGGGUUGAUGUGAGGGACACAUGCAUGGGGACGCUGAAAGUUGAGGUCAAGGAGCCUCGACCGAUCUAUGAGCCAGGAGAACAGUUCAGCUUGGAUAUAACUGGAGAUCCUGGAGCUAAAGUGGGGCUUGUGACAGUGGACAAGGCUGUGCACGGUCUGAACAAAAACAGACUCACUCAGACAAAGAUCUGGGACAUCAUUGAGAAACAUGACACUGGCUGUACAGCAGGUAGUGGAAAGGACAGUAUGGGGGUUUUCUAUGAUGCAGGUCUCAUGUUUGAGUCCAACACAGCAGGAGGCACCGACACCAGAACAAUGCAAGAGUGUCCUGUCCCGCAAAAAAGAAGACGGAGAGCCAGUCUUACGCAGGUCACCACUACGCUGGUUGGUAAAUACUCGGGUGAUCUGAAGAAGUGCUGUGUUGAUGGAAUGAGGAAUAAUAAACUUGACUAUACCUGUGAACGGCGAGCCACAUACAUCGUAGAUGGACAUGAAUGUAUCAAUGCCUUCCUGCACUGCUGUAAUGAAAUAGUGACUCAAAGCAUGGAAGCUGGAGAGCAGGAGAUGAUUCUAGCUCGCAGUGAGGAUGACGAAUUUUAUGAGAGUUUUGAUGAAAUCACAUCACGUACGCAGUUCCCAGAGAGCUGGCUUUGGGCAGAGGAGGUUCUACCAGUCUGCCCGACUAAUAACAAGUUAUGCAUAACAACUUCACUCACAAGAGAACACAUCUACCUGAAAGAAUCAAUCACUACCUGGCAAAUCUUUGCUGUCAGCUUGUCAAAAACUCAUGGUAUCUGUGUUGCAGAUCCUUAUGAGAUUAUAGUUUAUAAGAGGUUUUUCAUCGAUCUGAAGAUACCUUACUCAGCUGUCCGCAAUGAACAACUACAAAUAAGAGCCAUCCUUCACAAUUACACUACAAAAAAGAUUAAGGCACGUGUUGAAUUUAAGGAGACAGAACACAUUUGCAGUGCCGCCAGUAAGAAAGGAACGUUCCUAAAAGAAGUUGAGAUCGAGCCAAUGUCCUCCAAGGCCGUUCCUCAUGUGAUUAUUCCCUUGGAGUUGGGAAAUCACUUAAUUGAUGUGAAGGCAGCAGCAUAUGACUCAGUCCAUUCAGAUGGAGUGAGAAAGAUCUUGAAGGUGGUGUCCGAAGGUGUGCUGACUAUGGUACAGCAGAACGAUGUACAACUCAAUCCUACUAAGUUGGGUGGAGUACAGCGAGUAUCUGUCAGGAGUGACAAACCAAAUGCUCAGAUGCCAAACACACCUGCGAACACGUACAUCAAAGUGACAAGUCAGGAUUUCAGUAAAACGAUCGAGCAGGCCAUCAGUGGAGAUUUCAUGGGUCGAUUUAUUGUCAUGCCUCAUGGUAAUGGAGAGGAAACCAUGAUCUACCUGGCAUUACCACUCAUCGCCACUCAUUACCUGGACAGCACCAAUCAGUGGGACGCUGUUGGCAUGAACCGCCGUAAUGAAGCCAUUAACCAUAUCAACACAGGUUAUCAGCGAGAGCAAAUGUUCCGUAAACGAGAUGGGUCCUACUCUGCCUUGAUGAGCACACCUAGCAGCACAUGGCUCACGGCAUUUGUGGCUAAAGUUUUUGUGAUGGCCAGUGACGUUAUUUUCAUCGAGUACAAUGUGCCCUGCAGCGCUCUCAAGUGGCUGGCAAACAAUAAACAGCUGCCGGAUGGCACCUUUCAAGAGGAUGCCCCUGUUGUACACCAAGAGAUGGUUGGUGACGUUCAGGGUAAAGAUGCCGAUGCCUCUCUGACUGCAUUUAUCCUGAUAGCCAUGCAAGAGGGGAGAAAGAUUUGUGCUGAAUCUGUCGGUAAUCUGCAGAGCAGUAUGGACAAAGCCAUUAGUUACCUGAUGCUCAGAGUUCAGAGUCUGACCAGUCCUUAUGCUGUUGCUAUGACUUCUUAUGCUUUGGCCAAUGCUGGCAAACUCGAUAAAGACAUCUUGAUGAGGCAUUCCACAGAGAACAAAGCCGGCACUUUUUGGCAAGUUCCUGGGCAGCACCACCACUCCCUAGAGGCCACCGGCUAUGCAGUGCUUGCCCUGGUGAAGGCAAAGGAUUUUGAGAGAGCAGGACAGGCAGUGCGCUGGUUGGGAAAACAAAGAACCCAGUAUGGGGGUAGUGGCACCACACAGGCAGCCAUCAUAGUUUUCCAGGCCGUGGCUGAAUACCGCACACAGGCAAAGAAGCAGGAUGUGAAUCUCAAUGUUGAAGUCGCUGUGGAGGGGAGGAGUGCUCGUAACAGGUGGACUUUCACAAGCUCCAAUAAACACGUGGCACGUUCAGAAAAGGUGAAACUUACACAGAACUUCAAUGUGACUGCUCAAGGGAUAGGGGUCGCCACUCUCUCAGUAUUUUCUAUGUAUUACGCUCUGCCUGAAGAGAAAGAAAAUGAGUGUAAACAGUUUGAUUUUAGCGUGCAGAUGAAAAAAGAGCGCGAGGUUUCAUAUCCAGGAGCCAUUGAAAGUUACCUGCUCACUAUUGAAACCCAUUUCAAGAAUCCUGAGAAAGAUGCCGGCAUGUCUGUUUUGGAUAUUGGCCUGUUGACAGGAUUUAAGGUGGAUGAUAAUGAUCUUUCAAAGUUAUCUAAAGGGAAAGACAAGUACAUUGAGAGAUUUGAGAAGCACAUGGAUCUUUCUGAACGUGGAUCUCUGAUCGUCUUUUUGAAUAAGAUAUCUCAUAAAGAGAGGGACAAAAUUGCCUUCAGAAUACAUAAGAUAAAUGAAGUGGGCAUGCUUCAGCCAGCUGCAGUCAGUGUGUACGAGUACAAUGCACCAGAUGAUCGCUGUGUAAAGUUCUACCAUCCUCGUAAGAAAGACGGAGUGCUGAACAGACUCUGCCAUGAGGACUUGUGCCAAUGUGCAGAAGAGAACUGCAGUCUCCAAAAGAAACAUCAUAUUGAGGAGACCGAGCGUGCUGACAAGGCCUGUGCCUAUGAAGUCGAUUACGUCUAUAAAACCAGGGUGGUGGGGAUGGACCUUUCUCUGCAGGCAGACAUCUACAACAUGACCAUUGAACAAGUACUAAAGGAAGGCACUGAAUCUGCCGUGGAAGGGAAAGUGAGGUCUUUCCUGGCUCAUCCCUUCUGUAGAGAGUUCCUGGAAUUUGAAGAAGAUAAAACCUACCUGAUCAUGGGCCAGACCAAAAUUCUUCCAAGAAUUGAUGGAAGACUACGGUACAGCUUGGGCGAGCAGACCUGGAUUGAAUACUGGCCAACACAAGAAGAGGCCCAAACUGAACAAUACAAAGAAACGUUCAUUGGCAUCACUGCACUCGCCAACCAGCUCUUCACAUUUGGAUGUACUACAUAAAGAUUCUCAUGAGCUGUGAUAACUCUUGGAACAUGUAGUUCCUCAAAUCCCCAGCUUUGUUACUCCCAUAUUCUCUGGAAGAUCUCAAUGAUGUACUGGCACAAAGCUUUAAGUAAUGCAUUUUAAAUAUCUAUAUUUAGUUAGUAUAACUUGUUAUAAAGUAGUUAUACAACUGUUAUUGUAAUUAAGAAAAUGUAAAAUUCAUUUAUAACAGACUUACCGGUAGUCAUUAUAACUUGACAUGAAAUUAACUUGAAUUAGUAAAAUAAAAAUUC